AUGGCAGAAGUAAAAAGGAAAGCACCAGCUAAUACAUUCACCGUGCUAGUGGGAAAUAAGGUUGACAGCUUAGAAGAAAGAUGUACCACUUCAGAUGAAGCAGCAUACAAAGCAAAAGAAUGAGGAGCGAUGUAUGCUGAAGUCAGUGCUAAAACAGGAGAAAACAUAUAUUGCUUUAAUAAAAUUGGAAUAUAAAUAUUGAAUACAAUAAUCAUAUCUAUAUUGAAAUUUAUAAUUGAUUGGUAAUCAAAAGAUCUAUGUUAUUUGAGAUAAAUUAAAUAAUUUUUUCACAAAAAUCGCUAGAAAAUUAAUAGAAAGAGAAUUCCUAACGCCUCAAGCAGAAGAAGUGAGUGAUAAUGUGGACUAA